UCAUCCACAAUGUUCACUGGCAAUACUGAUUUAGCGAUAGAACAGCACGCGUUCGCCAUUUACACAAACGCUGUUUUCGCGCAAGUUCAAAAAGAGAUAAUUAAAGGGAAGUUUUUAUGCUACAUCACAAACCAAACCGAGACCAGCGAUUCCAGUCUUCUGAUAGACGUCACUCAUUUGGAUAAAAGGAACAACAUCACAAACGUCUAUCAGGUUACGUAUAAGACUGUGGAUCAAUCGGCCAGUUGCUCAUGCAGGAAUUUCACACGUAUCGGAUAUCUGUGUCGCCAUGUCUUUUGCGUCUAUCGCUUGAAAAAUGUUGAAAGGAUUCCACCACAAUACAUAAACGAUAGGUGGCGUCGAGAUGCCCUCCCCAAACAUGUUUUUUCAAUUUCCAGUCGAUACGGAGUCAACCCACAUGCACCGUCCGUUAUGCGGAAUGAAAUCCUCGACCUCGUUACUGAAUGCGUUGAUGUUGCUAGAACCGAUGAGGAUGCGUUGGCAAAACUGGUUGACCAACUCAGGGAUUUCAAGAUCAAUGUUCUUUCCAAGCAACCUUUGUCAACAACUGAAAAUGAAUCAAAUGAGUGUCAAAUGGAAGAAAUAGUUGGACAGCCAAUCAACAUUCCAGUCGAAGUUGCUAAUCCAGAAGUUGCACGCAAUAAAGGAUGUGGUACUCAUACUCGCAUUUCUGGGCCCGGUGAGAAGGCCAAAGCAAAACCACCAAAACGUCCAAAGCAGCUUCGUUUAUGCAAGCGUUGUGGUCUGUAUGUCGACGACCACGACUCACGCAACUGCCUUAAGGUGGCUGCAAUGAAAGCAGCAAAGGCAGCUGCUGAACAACAAAGGCAGACCGCCACUGGCGACUGAUCCUCUGAUUAACAUCUUUAUGUAGUACUAUGUAAUGGGAGACUCUCUUCAUUUUGGCCUUCUUACACACAUGUAACAGUCUUUUGACAUCAUCCUGCUCUUCUCUGUUACGUGUGUAAGAAGGUGGAACUAUUUUCAUCCCAAUAACCAUAAGUAGGAUUGUAAGAAACUCUAUGGCCUUGGCCACUUUUGUGUUUGUAGGACCGAAGAUCUUCGGGGACCGCU